GGAGCCCAGCUAAGUUAGUUACUAAUUAGGAAAAAUCAUCCAAUUAUGCUAACUUGCUGAGGCUGGCAAGCCAUGUUUUACUCUUUGUAGGCAGAAUUUCAUCCAGAACACACUUGAGAAUUGUCUAUAAAAAGGCAAACAAAACAGUUGAGACCAUGAGGCACUCCACUCUGGCUCUCUCCAAGACAGCUGUGCAACGCAUCGGCCCUGAUACCAUGUCUCUUCGACUCUCCAGUGGAUCCAGGAGGGCCUGUCCCCGUCCUACUGCAGGAUCGCUCAGGCUCUCUGGCGGGGGGUCCGGCUUUGGAGUGGGCAAUGUUUGCAGCCUGCCUGGAAUUGGAAGUGGUUUCUCGUGCACCUUCGGGGGCAGUUCAUCAGGCGGAAAUGCAGGGGGAGGCAAUCUCUGUGCUGGCUUUACGCUGAAUGAGGGGGGCCUCCUGUCAGGCAACGAGAAGGUGACCAUGCAGAACCUCAAUGACCGCCUGGCCUCCUACCUGGAGAAUGUGCGAGCUCUGGAGGAGGCCAACGCCGACCUGGAGCAGAAGAUCAAGGGCUGGUAUGAGAAAUUUGGGCCUGGUUCUUGCCGUGGUCUUGAUCACGACUAUAGUAGAUAUUUCCCGAUAAUUGAGGAUCUGAAAAAUCAGAUCAUUGCUUCCACCACCAGCAAUGCUCAUGCUAUUCUGCAGAUCGAUAAUGCCAGGCUGACAGCGGAUGAUUUCCGACUCAAGUAUGAAAAUGAGCUGGCUCUUCACCAGAGUGUGGAGAGCGAUGUCAAUGGGCUACGCAGAGUUCUGGAUGAAAUCACCUUGUGCAGAACAGACCUGGAGAUUCAGUAUGAAACCCUCAGUGAGGAGAUGACUUACCUGAAAAAGAACCAUAAGGAGGAAAUGCAGGUCCUGCAAUGCGCGGCCGGAGGGAACGUGAACGUGGAGAUGAACGCGGCGUCCGGGGUGGACCUCACCAUCCUGCUGAACCACAUGCGGGCCGAGUACGAGGCCCUGGCCGAGCAGAACCGCAGGGACGCAGAGGCCUGGUUCAACGAGAAGAGUGCUUCGCUGCAACAGCAGAUCUCUGAGGACGUUGGGGCCACAACCUCAGCCCGGAAUGAACUGACCGAAAUGAAGCGCAAUCUCCAAACAUUAGAAAUUGAACUUCAAUCUCUCUUAGCCACGAAACACUCCCUGGAGUGCUCCCUGACCGAGACCGAAGGCAACUACUGUGCACAGCUCGCCCAGAUCCAGGCUCAGAUCGGGGCCCUGGAGGAGCAGCUGCACCAGGUCAGAACCGAGACGGAGGGCCAGAAGCUGGAGUACGAGCAGCUGCUCGACAUCAAGGUCCACCUGGAGAAGGAAAUCAAGACCUACUGCCGCCUGAUUGAUGGAGAGGAUGGGGCUUGCAAGUCUGGAGGUUACAAGUCUAAAGAUUAUGGAUCUGGAAACGUGGGAAAUCAAGUCAAAGAUCUGGCCAAAGCCAUAGUGGUUAAAAAAGUUCUUGAGGAGGUAGACCAACGAAGCAAAAUACUCACCACCAGGCUCCACUCCCUGGAAGAGAAAUCUCAAAACAAUUAAUUUAAGACACAAGAGGGAGCAUAUGCCAGACACUCUCUAAGAAAAGAGAGCAUUAUGUCUGGAAAAAUGAGCAAGGCUAAGAAAAAAUGACUGUCCUAUUUUCUUUCUGUUACUGAAAUAUAAGCACUGUGUGGGCAAUCAAUAGUGGUAUCUUCCCAUUCAUCUGGAAGAAUGUCACAUACCAAUUUGAUGAGUCAUUUGAUUGCCCGACAGAAAAUGUCAGUUCUUUGUAUUCAAUAAACCUUCUUCCUUUAGCAAGUUA